AUGUCGUUGAUUAACAAAUUAGUACCAGUUACAGAUGUAUCUAUUGACGAAUUUUUGAAUAUAUUCUAUGAGUUAGAACGAAUUCUAUUAGAUAAUUCCGAUUGUGAUUUAAUUAUUCCAUAUAUUGAUCGACUCUCAACAAAAAUUCAUUCAGCUUAUCAACGUAUUAAAGAUAAACAAUUUUCAAUAUUACUUGAUCUAUUAACUAAUCUAAUCAUUAAAGUAAUGGAUAUUCUUGAAAUUGUUGAUCGAUCACCCAUUAUUAUUCCUCAUUUAAUUUCAUUUGUACAAUAUUUACCUAAAUUUGUUGAAAAUAUUGAUUUACAUGUUUUUUCAUCAAACUCACUACUUGCUGAAAAAAUACUUAAUUUUUAUUUAAAACUUCUUAAUUGUACACGAAUAAAAAAUUAUUUAGAAUCUAUUGAACAACGAGAAAUACAUGAUCCAUUAUUCAACACUAUAUUAACAAUAAUUACUUGUUGUUUUUGUGAUAUUGAACAACUAUCAAUAAAUGCUCUUGAUGCAUCAAAAUCAACAAUUGAAUUAUUUAUUUCAUUUAUCGAUCGAGAUCAUUUACAAUCUGAAACAAGUGGCAAUCUAUUACGUUUAUUAAAAGUUUUACAUAAAAAAUCCCAUUUUACAUCAGCAUUUAUUCAAAUUGGUUAUCCUCAAGCGUGUCUUCGAUGGAUUUCUCAACCAGAUUUAUCAUACGAUAAUCAAUAUUAUAUUCUUAAUAUUUUACAUA